CGCGUGGUGCGCCUCUACCGGCGCGCGCUCAAGACGCAGUACUCCUGGGCCGUGGACCGCCAGGUCUUCAUCGGCGAGGCCGAGAAGCUGCGGGCGGCCUUCGACAAGCACGCGGCGCUCGAGCCGAGCUCCGCCAAAGCCAUGGCGCUCCUCAAGGCGGGCGAGGCGAAGCUCGUCGACUACACGCACCCGGACAAGUACAUCUGCGCCUACAUGCCCGGCGGGUCCCUCUACAUGCGCAACCCGCCGCUGCCC